UGAGUAAACAACAUUCACUUCCGGGUCGCGGAAAAGUGCAGCUUCCGGGAUAACUAAAUUUCUUCACAAAAGACUGCUUAUUUCUGGAUAUUUUGUGGUUAUUUCAGCAUGUAUCGCCAACCCGUGUUGAAAAACAGGCGUACACUUUUGGAGAGAGCCGAGAAGUUUAUCUCUGACGUGUAUUUCACAGACUGCAACCUGAGAGGACGACUUUAUGGAGACUCCUGCCCCCUGCAGUCCAUUGCCUCAUUCAUCUCCCCCAAGAGAAUUCCAUUUUCUGAGGCUUCCACGCAGAAGUUUGAACCGUACACAGUGGGAGACACCUUUGGGCCAACGUGGUGGACUUGCUGGUUUAAAGUGACACUGACAAUUCCUGAAUCGUGGAGGGGCAAAGAGGUCCAUCUUUUGUGGGAAAGUGAUGGGGAAGGAAUGGUCUGGAAAGAUGGACAUCCAGUACAGGGUUUGACUAAAGAAGGGGAAAAGACAAGCUAUAUCCUAUCGGACUGUCUUCAAAGUGAAGACCCUCAUAGUUUCACCUUAUACGUGGAGGUGGCUUGCAAUGGGCUGUUUGGAGCUGGACAGGGAUCCAUGAUUGCAACUCCAGACCCAAACAGGAGAUUUUCUAUUCACAAAGCUGAGCUGGUGAUUUUCAACAGGGAUGUCAGGGAGCUGUUGACAGAAUUUGAGAUGCUUGUUGACAUUGUUAAGGAACUUGGAGAAAGAGAGCAGCGAGGGUACCAGGCUCUUUUCACAGUCAAUGAGAUGGUGAAUCGCUGUGACCCCACAGAUCCCAGCUCUUUCUCUGAAGCACACAACCUGGCUUGCAAGUUCUUUAACCAGCGAAACGGAGAAAGCCAACACACUGUCCACGCAAUGGGUCACUGCCACAUAGACUCUGCCUGGCUGUGGCCCUAUGAAGAAACAAUUCGGAAGUGUGGCCGGAGCUGGGUGACGGUGAUCAGUCUAAUGGAAAAGAACCCAGAGUUCACCUUUACCUGCUCUCAGGCCCAGCAGUUCCAGUGGGUAAAGAGCUGGUACCCAGGACUUUUCUCCAGGAUUCAGUAUUUUGUGAAGAAAGGCCAGUUCAUUCCAGUUGGAGGAACAUGGGUAGAAAUGGAUGGCAAUCUGCCCUCGGGAGAGUCAAUGAUCCGACAGUUCCUGGAGGGCCAGCGCUUCUUUAACCAAGAGUUUGGGACUUAUUGCAAAGAGUUCUGGCUUCCAGAUACAUUUGGCUACUCUGCUCAGCUUCCUCAAAUUAUGCGAGGUUGUGGCAUUCCAAAUUUCUUGACUCAGAAACUCAGCUGGAAUCUGGUCAACACCUUUCCUCACAACACGUUUUUCUGGGAAGGUUUAGAUGGAUCCCAGGUUUUAACCCACUUCCCACCCGGAAACUCCUAUGAAAUGAAGGGCAAAAUUGAAGAUCUGGUAAAAACUGUGAAGAAUAACAAAGACAAAGGCCGAGCCAAUCACAGCGCAGCUUUGUUUGGGUUUGGAGACGGAGGCGGGGGGCCCAACCAGCUGAUGUUGGACAGGCUACGCCUUGUCCAGGAUACGGACGGGCUUCCAAGGGUCCAGAUGUCUAGUCCAGACCAGCUUUUCUCACAGCUUCAGGCUGACUCUUCUCUGCUGUGCACUUGGACCGGAGAACUCUUUUUGGAGUUGCACAAUGGCACCUACACCACACAGGCCCAGAUCAAACGAGAGAACCGCCAGUGUGAGGCGCUGCUUCGUGAUGUGGAGAUAGCUUCCAGCUUAGCCCUGUGCCGAAGCAAAACCUUUUCAUAUCCUCAGGAAAAACUGCAGCGGCUCUGGAGGUUGCUUCUUCUAAACCAGUUCCAUGAUGUGAUUCCCGGCAGCUGCACAGCCAUGGUUGUGGAGGAUGCUUUAAAGUACUAUGAAGACAUCCGAGCUGAUGCUUCUAUCCUUCUGCAUGAAGCGUGUGAGGCCUUGGGGUCAAAGGGCAGCACUGCUGGGCUCUUCAACUCCCUUCCAUGGGAACGUCAGGAAGUAAUCGAGAUAAAAGAUGGUCCCGGCGGACUUGAUCUGGUUCUUGUGGAAGUUCCCAGCAUUGGCAUUUCAACUAUCAAAGCCAUACAACCUGUGACGGCAGUCUCUGUCACCUGCCAGGCUGACGGCACUGUGGUUAUGGAGAAUGGAAUUUUAAGAACUGCCAUCAAUCAAGAUGGCACUUUGGCCUCACUGCAUUUAAUCAAUGCAAACCGGGAGGCCCUCUCCGAUGGUUGUCGCGGAAACCAGUUUGUCGUGUUUGAUGACGUCCCCCUGUACUGGGAUGCCUGGGAUGUAAUGGACUACCACCUUCAGACAAGGAAGCCGGUGGAGGAGGUCAUACAGCCGGUUCAUGUGGUGUCCUCUGGCGGUCUUCGGGCCAGCGUCAGCUUCACCCUCAGGAUCAGUGACAAAAGCACAAUCGUCCAGGAGAUUGUCAUGGAUGCCAUGAGUCCUUAUCUCAAGUUCAACACUAAAGUGGAAUGGGCGGAGUCUCACAAGUUUCUUAAGGUGGAAUUUCCUGUUAGAGUCCGUAGCCCCAAUGCUACCUAUGAGAUCCAGUUUGGGCAUCUGCAAAGACCAACACACUGGAACACUUCCUGGGACUGGGCCAGGUUUGAGGUUUGGGGUCACAAAUGGGCUGACCUCUCUGAGCACAACUUUGGAGUUUCCCUUUUAAAUGACAGCAAAUACGGUUACUCCAUCCACAAGAACACCAUGACUCUGUCCUUGAUAAGAGCACCAAAAGCUCCAGAUUCUACAGCUGACAUGGGUGCUCAUCAAUUCACUUAUGCCAUCAUGCCACACACAGGCUCAUUUCAGGACGCCUCGGUCAUCCAGGCUGCUUACAACCUUAACUUCCCUCUAAGGCGGAUGCAGUGCCAUCCUGACACCAAAGCAUGGAGCUCCUUCUCCGUUACCAAACCAGUCAUACUUGAAACCAUUAAACAGGCUGAGGACGCAAAAGGGACCCUUGUGGUGCGUCUCUAUGAAUCACACGGGAGCAGCCUGACUGCAACUCUGUGCACAACUCUUCCAGUCAAAGAAGCCUGGCACUGCGACCUCCUGGAGAGGCGGGACCCCGCCCGGCCGGCACACGUCACAUCGGAUGGAAUAAUGCUGAGCUUCAGACCGUUUCAGAUUGUUACACUUCUGCUCGUUUUGUGAUUUGGUGCAACAUGUCUGCACAGCAGGGGUUGAAACAACGAUGAAACUAAUCACUUCAUACUUAAACCAAUCAACACCUUUCUACUAGAUUUUUGUUAAAAAAUGAUUUAUUAAAAAAAUAUUUGAAAGUA